AUGACCAGCCAAACAAAGGACGAGAUAGCCUGGAGACUGGUCUGGACUUCGCAAUGGAAGCUCCACCAAGAGUCCGAGCACGUUGAACCAACGCUACACAGAAUGAUCGGCCACAUCUCAGUAUACAACCAAGUCGCAGAAUACCUGCAGAACCACGAUGUGAGGGAGUCAGCCACUUCGGAGAUGGCAUUCGAUGUUGACGCGGGUCAGCUCGAGGGCAUCAUAUUGGGCAAUGACGACGACGACGACGAUGAUGCCGCCGCCCCCAUUGUCAUGCAUGAGUUUCCUCAGCUUUUGCCACAUGCUCCAAAAGAUGACCCACAGCCUACGAGGCUAGCGCCGGUCAGAUCGAGCUCUGGCAUCGUCACUGCAGUCGAGAUUAAUGUCCACGAGGCGGAGAAGGACCCGUUCUCGUCGGAUGAGGGGGGCAACUCCAGCCACGAGGACGGAGACGAGGACAACUAUGGAUGGAGCAGUGACGAAGAAACAGAGUUCGGUAGUGUCUCGAGUGUUGAAGAUGACGAAAACGAAUUCGGUUACCAUGGCGCUAAACUUUCAACCAUCAAAGAAGAUGACAAGGGGGAUGCAGGUAUGGUGGGGUUGCUGAAAGGUGAAGCAACCUCCUUAUCCGCUCAAAAGCCCGAGAAACAUGUAUUCGACGGCAUUGGACGUCCCCUCACGCCAACCAACAUUUCUCGAGUCGUUGAAACUCUCCUCGCCGACAAUAUGGUGCAGGUAGCAGCCCGAUUCCACAAGAGCGAACAGGAAGGGCUGGUCUUAAAGGACGGUCGGGAGGUGAAAUCAGAGAGACCAUUUGCCUCAGUAAGUAAUGGAGUGGUCACCCAGCGGAACGAAGACGAUCCUCCCAGUUGUAUGAGGAGCACACACGCGCCCAACCAGGCAGCUCAGCUCACGUUAGUAGCACUGGCUUGGCACGAGCGAUGUCUCGCAUCGAGGAGGUCGAUAUAUAAACUGUUCUCGUACGACCACGAGGCAGAAAAUAACCAUCGCUCAGGUGAAUCAGGACCGGUACGAUGA